AUGAGGAGAAGCGGGUGGCCGGUGUUGCUGAUCCUCGCCUGCCUAUGCCUGUACCCUGCGGGUGGCUUCUCUUGGAGCAUUUUCUCGUCGUCCUCGUCCUCGUCCUCGGGGACCGCGAACAACAACCGCCCCCCGAUGAUGGAGCUCGACGGCGCGGUGGCCGAUUUCUCCAUGGACGGCACUACCAACCCGCGAGGGCUGAAGCUGCUGGAGAACGCGCGGAACAAGCUGGCCGGUCCCAAGAACUGCUGGCAGGAGGCGUACCGGAACCUCUUCGCCAGCUGCGGCGAGAUCAUGGCCGACAAGGAGCGGCAGGCGCGCCUGGCCUGGCACCUCAGCAGCUGCUACCAGGAGGACUCCGGCCGCCCGUCCUUCCCGUCCUGCGCCGGCGGCUCCGGGAUGGUGCACUGCCGCAAGCGGCUCAGCGACUCCGAGAGCAAGGUCUUCCUCGAGUUCUUCCUCGAGACCAACACCCUCUGCCACCAGCUGCAGGCCGAGGCCUUCAAGCACAGCACCGAGCGGCUGGUGAACGACCUCACCAGGUCCUCCAAGUCCGCCGAGGAGAAGCUGGAGGUGAUCGAGGACAGGUCCGAGCAGAUCAUCAACGAGUCCGUUAAACUGCAGGAAACGCUCACGUCGAUCGAGGCGCAGACGGACCGCCUCGCCGAGACGUCCAAGGACGUCGCGACGCAGAUCGACGACGUGCUGGCUCACUCCAAAGCGAUCUCCGAUCAGUCUAAGGACAUUGCCGCCUCUCAGGCGACGCUGAAAGAAGGGCAGGCCGAGAUGAGGGACAAGAUCGACGCAGGCAUGGAGCGCAUCCAGGAGUCAUACGCGAGCCUCGGGAACGGCAUGGAUAAGCUGAAAGACGAAGCCGUUGAUAUUCAGAAAGAGAUACGGAGUGUCGGGGAUUCCAUGUCGUCCAAGAUGCAGGAUCUGCAGGGCACAGCUGAUGAGAUUGGGAGUGUGACGGGAAGGUCGCUCGAGAAUCAGGCGCAGCUGUUGGAUGGACAGAAUAAGGCCAUGGAAGGACUGAAUAGUCUCUACAGCUUUCAGUCGCAAGCUCUGGAGGAGAGCAGGGAAACAAUGGAGAAACUUGCGCAGUUUGGGCAGCGUCAGCAGGAAGAGUUGCUGUCCAAGCAGGAACAGAUCCGGGAAGCACAUGAUCAUCUCAUCCAAAAUUCGCACUCCAUACUGGAAGCCCAGGAAGAGUUCAGAGCAAAGCAGGCCAACAUCUUCGCCGCGCUGGACAAGCUUUACAUCCUCCAUAACGCCAUUCUGGCCGAAUCUCGCUUCAUCAAGGCCUUCUUCUUCUACUGCUGCAUCGUGUUCCUCAUCUACAUGCUCACCAGCGCCAAGCAGACGUUCAGCAUCAGGGGCCAACUUUACUUCGGUCUGUGCAUCACGCUCUUGUUAGAGAUGGGUCUGAUCAAAAUCGGAGCAGGGGACUUCGACAACCAGUACUGGGUACUGUCCAAGGUGUUCAUGGUCAGAAUGGCGUUCCUCGCCGCUGCCACUAUUCAGAUACUGCAUUCCAUAUUCACAUUCAGGGAUUACGAGGUACUGAACCAUCGGCUGCUGCAAACACUGGUGGAGAAAGUCCGUACACUAGAGGAAAAUGCAGGCGACAGGAUGCUCCCGUACGGGUCAGAGAGCGACGAGAGCCUAGGGAACUACUCGUGGGUGUUCGACGAGCUGACGGACGAGGCCGACAGCAAAGGCGACCCGAAUUACACCUUGCCGGAGCCGGCUCGCCGGAGGUACACCAACGCCUUGCCGGAAGAAGUCGGCGAGAACUCCAUCACGACGUCGAUCAGCCGGAAGUACAACCUGCGGCCGAGGAGCAGGCAUUGAUGUCCGCUAUACUACAGUACAUCUUUUGUAUCUAGACCGUGUGAGUUUUGUAAUUCGGGUAUGUGAGUUUGGUUUUGCCCUCCAUUUUCGAGAAACCUCUUUGCUUUGCGCUCCGUUUGAGAAUAUCAGAUAUGUAUUUCAUUCACACAGAUAUUGACCAAGUUUAUACCAAACUGAACCUACA